AUGUCCACCGACCUCUCCACCACCGCCGCAUCCAUCGCGCGCCUCUCCCUCCACGACCCCAACAACUUCCACAUCCAACACUCCCAAACCCUCCACCGACUAACCCUCCUCCAGCACUGGGCCAUCCCCGCAGGCUCCAGACUCCUCGAGCUAGGAUGCGGCCAAGGCGACUGCACGACCGUCCUCGCCUCCGCCGUAGGCGAACAGGGCAGCGUAGUAGCAGUUGACCCAGCAGAUCUUGAUUACGGAUCCCCAUACACCCUCUCCCAAGCCCAAUCCCACAUCAGCCAAUCCCCACUAGGGCACCGCAUAACCUGGAUCCAACAAUCCCCACUAGAUUACCUCUCCUCCCUGCCACCGACAUUCGACGCUGCAAUCCUCGCCCACAGUCUCUGGUACUUCUCCUCUCCCGCAGUUAUCCUGUCUACUUUCCGCGCCGUCAGGCAGCACAGUAAACGGCUCUUGCUGGCGGAGUGGGGACUAGUAGCCACGCACCCGUCCGCGCAGCCGCAUGUGCUCGCUGCGCUGGCGCAGGCGGCGCUGGAGUGUCGGAAACCUGGGGAGAGUAGUGACUCGAAUGUGCGGACGGUGUUGGGGCCGAAGAGGCUUAGGGAGUUGGCGGUGGAGGCGGGAUGGAAGGUCGAGAGGGAGGAGUAUGUACAGACUGGGGAGGGGUUGUUGGAUGGGAGGUGGGAGGUUGCGGCUGUUCUUGAUGGGGGGUUUGAGGAGGAGGUGAGGAGGGUUGUGAGGGAUGAGAGGGAGAGGGCGGUGGUGUUGGCGGCGAAGGAUGCGUGUGAGAUGAGUGUUAGGGGUGUGGAGAGGGUGAGGAGUAUGGAUGUUUGGGUUGCUAGUUUUGUUUGA